CCUGCGCAAGGUCUGCCGCUCUGCCCCGCCACCGGAGCCCGCCCGCCAUACCCCUCCGCCGCCGUAACCCUACUCCGUUGUCCUCCUCGUCCCGCGUUCGCCCCGAAACCACUGCACCUGCACCUGCACCACCGCGGCCGGCCGCCCCUGAGCCACAGCCGACGGCAUGAGGAGGCUUGAUGCGGUGCACUUCUCCAUGCUGCUCGUCGGGGUCUCCUUUGCGUGCUACGCCCCGAGCUUGGAUUCCCUGCAGGAGCAGGCGUACCGAUCAGCCGUGGUGAUCGAGGGCGAGGUCCAGGAGCUGCCCGCCAACGCCUCCACCGAAACGUACAGCGUAAACGUCCGAGUCCUGGACGUGUGGCCGACCAACAGCGGUGGGCUCGAGCGCCAGCAGCUCGUCACCGUUGGCGACUUUGGCUCCGAGGCUCCGUGCGUCGCAGUGGAGAAGGACCACAGAUACAUAUUUUUCAUGGACCCCACAGAGGAGCCUCUGGUGUUCAGGGCGUCAUUUGCUCCUCGUGAAACCGUUGAGAAGAAUCUCAAAAAAGAUGUGGAGCGCGUUCUGUGCGAGGACUGCGCAUUACCUCCAAAGUUGAAGCCCAUGCGUUCUCAGUGGGUGUGGGAGGGUGAGCGUGUGACCCUAAAGUGUGAGGUGGAGGGCAACCCGACCCCAACUUUUCGAUGGCUCAAAGAUGGGAGUGAACUCCGCAAGAACAAAGAUGUCAAAAUCAAAACCAACAAGAAAAACUCAAAGGUCCAGAUUACCCGAGUGAGACUGGAGGAUUCUGGGAACUACACCUGCGUGGUCGAAAACCCGCUGGGCAAGGAUAACUCCACCAGCUACAUCAACGUCCAAAGCAUAACUACCACGCUGUCUCCGGGCUCCAGCCAUGCCAGAAAGUGCAAUGAGACGGAAAAGGCAUACUGUGUCAAUGGUGGUGACUGUUAUUUCAUACACGGUAUAAACCAGCUGUCCUGCAAGUGUCCAAAUGACUAUACUGGUGAUCGCUGUCAAACCUCCGUUAUGGCCAGUUUCUACAAGCAUCUUGGAAUUGAAAUUAUGGAGGCAGAAGAACUGUACCAAAAGCGGGUACUGACCAUAACAGGCAUUUGCGUUGCUCUGCUGGUGGUUGGCAUCGUGUGCGUCGUUGCAUACUGCAAAACCAAGAAACAGAGGAAGAAGAUGCAAAGCCAUCUGCACCAGAACAUGUGUGUAGAACACUCUAAUCGUAUGCUGGCCAACGGACCCAACCACCCAGGCCCUGGUCCCAGCCCAGAGGAGAUCCCUAUGGUCGAUUAUAUCUCUAAGAAUGCCCCAGCAACUGAGCGUGUGAUACGACAUGGAACAGAGACAUCGGGCAACUUCUCGGGCAGCCGGAUGUCCUCACGGUCCCACCACUCCUCUACUGCCACCCACGCUUCCAGUCACCGGCACGAGGAGAGGACAUGGAGUAUGGAGAGGUCAGACAGCAUGAACUCGGACUGCCACUCGGGGGCACUCUCUUCCUCAGUGGGCACCAGUAAAUGCAGCAGUCCAGCAUGUAUGGCUCGGCAUGCAGCACACUGUGGCUAUUCUGAGCCUGCACGGAGCCCCCUGCAGUACGGAGACUCAUUCGACUCUCUGCGGGACUCACCUCACAGUGACAGGUAUGUGUCAGCCCUUACCACACCGGCCCGUCUGUCUCCAGUGGACUUCCACUCCUCCUCACUGCCCCAGCAGGUGCCUACCUUCCAGAUCACGACACCCAAUGCCAGCCAUGCACUGUCCCUUCCUCCGGCUGUAGGUUCCUAUUCGCCUGGCGAUGAUCAGCCACUUCUACGCCGGCCACGGCGCACACGUAACCCAUACCACAGCGAAACGACUGGCUCUCUCCCGUCAAGCCCAUACCGCUUUGCGGAUGAUGAGGACUACGAGACAACACAGGAGUACAUGUCAUCCCGUGAGCGACCUAAAAAGAGUGGCAGUGGGCGUCGGUGGCACAGGAGAUCGCGCCUUAAUGGACACGUUUCCCAGCGUGCCAAGGGUCCAAGGGACUACAGCUCGCAGAGUUGCCUGUCGGACAGCGAGUGGGAGGAGGAUGAGGAGAUGGGGGAGCUGGGGCAUGGCGAGAGCACGCCUUUCCUCAGCAUGCAGAACAUGAGCAUGAACAACGAGCCGGCCACUAUCUACCGGCCCAAUGACAUGCGGACGUACAGCAGUACAGCACGCAGCACGUCACGCUCAAAAACACACACAAACAAACUUUCACAGUCACGGUCCAAACCGGACAAUGCACCCCUUUAAACAAAGAGCAGUGACGAGGACAGUGAAACAACAUAUCUAGGAGAGAGAGAGAAAAAAUGAUAUAUGCGAUAGACCUGCACCUAUAAGAAAUAUUUUUUAUUUUAUAUAACAAACAGAUAUUCUAAACAAAGGAAAUAUUUAUUUUCAUUUCAGCAAAAAUUGUCUACUAGCUAGCAGCAAAGACUUUUUUAUAGGGGGAACUAUUUAUAUGUAAUUUCUGUUCUUUGGUUUACAGCAUUACGAAGAAGAAUCACGUGCCAAUUUUUUCACAACUUAGAAAUAGAAUAAUAUUGUGGUGCCUUUUGCUGUAUGCCGAUGAGGGAGGUUCCGUUGAGUUUUUUGUAGCCUUUCUUAAAAUGGACUCCUGGGUUUUAUAUAGACAUGUUUUUUUUCCUUGUUUUUUUUUUUGUUUUUCAGUUUGUUUGUUCAGGAUCUCCCCAUUUGAACUGUGAUCUAAAUCUGACAUCAUGCAAUAUGGGAAUCACUUUUAUGUAAGAUAUUUGUUUACAUGAGUAGGGGUUGACAUACUAGUCAUUUUCCCAAACCAUAUAUACAAUCACCAUGGACAUGCUGUUUCCUGUUUGAGACAGGAAAUUGUGUGUUCAUGUAGACAUUCUAAUGCUUUAGUUUUUCCCCCAACUGGUAAUCAUAUGUUGUUUGCAGGUCUGCAGGUGUUCAUAGGGCAUUGUACUAGGUACGGUACCUGCCCCGGUGUUCAGGGUUUUCAAAAUGGCAGUGUAUGUGUGUGUGUGUGUAUGUCCAAUGAAUGUGUUUUCUCUAUUGUAUGUUAGAGAGGGGGGCUGUGUAUGUAUUUGUGUGUGUGUGUUUGUGAUUGAGUGUUGUGCUCUCUGUGUGUGCAUGUGAAUGCAAGACUGAGUAAGCCUGUAUCUGUUUGGUUUUGUCUGUAUGCUCCUGUGUGUUGUAUGUUGGAGUGUAACAGGCACUAGUCUAAUGGUUUGAGUGUGUGUGUGUCCAAGUGUGAUCUCUGAUGCGUUUUGUCAUAAGGUAGCUCUUACACCCUGUUUCCAUUAUGUUGGCUUUAAAAGAACUGAGAAAGACACACUGGUGACUAUGCCACUACCUGGUGGUGAGAUGAGCUCAUUGCACUGUACCUUUCCUUCCAUGUCUGGUGUUUGGCAGUGGUGCUGCCUGCAGAUGAACCAAUCCAGCCUGAUUCUAGCCUACAUGGACCGACAUAUCCCAUUAGCUCACACGCCCUUGUUCCUAUGCCAGCAGCUUAAAGCCGCUAUGUGUCUCAGGACUUUCCAUCUUAAAAAAAACAAACAAAAAAAACAACAACAACACACACACACACACACAAAAAAAAAAAAAAAAAACAUGAUCCAUAAGCACUUCUUAUUCUCAGAUCUGAUCCGGCUAUUUUUGCUCAUCUGUAAAAAGUCUGUGAUGACCUGACAUUUUAAAGUGCUCAUUUUCUGUUGCCCCCUCUCUCUUUGGCCAUGUUUGUCUGUAUGCAAGCUGGGGACUUGCUGUUAGCAAUGCAGGUUUGGGCGUGCUACUUCAAGUGAAAGGAUUAUGGAAUGAUCUCGUUUUAAGUUUCUCACUUGCCCAAAACCUUGGAAACACUCCAUCUAGUAAACUUCCAAACUCAAAAUCUCUUCCCAACACACCCAAUUAAACACCUGUCUCUACAUUACACACACUGUGUCCUCACAAAAUCAUCCAAAGCGUCUCCUGACUCAUGGAUUUUCUUCAUUCCUUUCUCUCUCUCUCUUCUCCUGUUCUGUUCUUCCUCUGUCUGCCUGUCGAGGCUUCCCUUUUUUCUGCAUGUCCUAGUGGUUCUGGUAGAUGGGUGCAUGGUAAACGCAGCAACUGAGUUGUCUUCACGCGGUGAAAGUGUACUUUUCAUUUCGACAUCCAGCAAUAAAUCCCCCUUUUUUUCAUGCCCAUUCUUGACUUGGAAUAUGCUAGAAAUUUUUGCAAGUUUUCUCAGAAAAUAGUACUUGUACAAAAAUCAA